UUACCUUGUGAAGAUUUUCUGCUGAAACUUUUUGUUUGCUGAGGACAUUGUUGUUUGUGAGAUAUCUGAAGAGUUGAGGAAUGACGGUUCCCUUGAUCUGAGAAGGACUUACUCCGCUUUCUUCCACUCAUUUCGAUUAAGGACACUGGAGAUUCUUUUCUUGCUAUUUACGGCUUCGGCGUCCUUCAUUGGGACUUGUUAAACAGGCGUGUGAACUAUGGCUGAUAUCACCUGUGCCAUUGCCUAGCAACAGGAGCCCUGUUGAAAGAAUGGAAUGUUCCAGCUCUAUCUCCGACCCCUGAGACCCCGGAUGUUGGUCUCUCCCGUACAGGCAAGGGCUGAGGGCUCACUGAUCUCCCGUAGCAACCAAGCAGGCACGGCUUGUGUGAUGACAUCAUCAGCUCCAACAAGUCAGCUGCUGCAGUGGGGAGAGUGAGAAAGAAGAAGAAGGGAGGGAGACUGGACAGUGCGCACACACACACACUCUCAAACACACACACACACACACACACACACACAUGCGCACUUGUCGUCCCUUUUUGGUAAACAUGGCAGCAGCGAGCAGUGCGCAGUGAAUCCCUUUAGCUUAGCUUAGCUUCGUCUCGUCUGUCAACAUGGAGGAGGAGGACGCGGCGGCCGACCCCUAUUUGCCCUACGACGGAGGAGGGGACACCAUUCCCCUGCAGGAGCUCCCUAAAAAAAGAGGGUCUAACUACGCCAUGUCUAACGGGGGCGGGGCACCCAGCAGCACCACCCACCUGCUGGACUUCCUGGAGGAGCCCAUCCCUGGUGUGGGGACCUACGACGACUUCCACACCAUCGACUGGGUCCGAGAGAAGUGCAAGGACCGCGAGAGGCAUCGGAAGAUUAACAGUAAGAAGAAGGAGUCAGCAUGGGAGUUCACAAAGAGCCUGUACGACGCCUGGUCUGGGUGGCUGGUGGUGACACUGACUGGCCUGGCCUCAGGUGCGUUGGCUGGCCUGAUCGACAUCGCUGCUGAUUGGCUGAACGACCUGAAGGAGGGCGUGUGUCUGAGCGCCAUGUGGUUCAACCACGAGCAGUGCUGCUGGACGUCCAACGAGACCACCUUCGCCGAGCGAGACAAGUGUCCUCAGUGGAAGAGCUGGGCGGAGCUUAUACUGGGGCAGGCCGAGGGCCCCGGCUCGUACAUCAUGAACUACUUCAUGUACAUCUACUGGGCUCUGUCCUUCGCCUUCCUCGCCGUCUGUCUGGUCAAGGUGUUCGCUCCCUACGCCUGCGGCUCGGGGAUCCCCGAGAUCAAGACCAUCCUGAGUGGAUUCAUUAUCCGGGGCUACCUGGGGAAGUGGACCCUGAUGAUAAAGACCAUCACCCUGGUUCUGGCCGUGGCGUCGGGUCUCAGUCUGGGGAAGGAGGGACCCCUGGUCCACGUGGCCUGCUGCUGUGGGAACAUCUUCUCCUACCUCUUCCCCAAAUACAGCAAGAACGAGGCCAAGAAACGAGAGGUUCUCUCGGCUGCCUCGGCCGCCGGAGUCUCCGUUGCUUUUGGAGCGCCGAUCGGAGGCGUUCUCUUCAGCCUGGAGGAGGUGAGUUACUACUUCCCUCUGAAGACGCUGUGGCGCUCCUUCUUUGCCGCCCUGGUGGCCGCCUUCGUCCUGCGCUCCAUCAACCCGUUCGGCAACAGCCGCUUGGUGCUCUUCUACGUGGAGUACCACACGCCCUGGUACCUGUUUGAGCUCAUCCCCUUCAUCCUGCUGGGAGUGUUCGGAGGACUCUGGGGCGCUUUCUUCAUCAAAGCGAACAUUGCGUGGUGCAGACGGCGCAAGUCGACGCGCUUCGGAAAGUACCCGGUUUUGGAAGUGAUCUUUGUGGCGGCCAUCACCGCCGUGGUCGCGUUCCCGAACCCGUACACUCGUCAGAACACGAGCGAGCUGAUCAAGGAGCUGUUCACAGACUGCGGCCCGCUGGAGUCCUCGCAGCUGUGUCAGUACCGCAGCCAGAUGAACGGCAGCAAGGCCUUCUCCGACAACCCCAACAGACCGGCCGGGCCCGGAGUCUACGCCGCCAUGUGGCAGCUGUGCCUGGCACUCAUCUUCAAAAUCAUCAUGACCAUCUUCACCUUCGGACUCAAGGUUCCGUCAGGCUUGUUCAUCCCCAGCAUGGCCAUCGGGGCGAUCGCAGGGCGCAUCGUCGGCAUCGCCAUGGAGCAGCUCGCCUACUAUCACCACGACUGGUUCCUGUUCAAAGAGUGGUGCGAGGUGGGAGCCGACUGCAUCACCCCGGGGCUCUACGCCAUGGUGGGGGCCGCCGCCUGCCUGGGCGGUGUGACCCGGAUGACGGUCUCCCUGGUCGUCAUCGUCUUCGAGCUGACCGGAGGAUUGGAGUACAUCGUCCCCCUCAUGGCCGCCGUCAUGACCAGCAAGUGGGUGGGCGACGCCUUCGGCCGCGAGGGGAUCUACGAGGCUCACAUCCGUCUGAACGGUUACCCCUUCUUGGACGCUAAGGAGGAGUUCACGCACACCACGCUGGCCCGGGAGGUGAUGAGGCCGCGGCGCAGCGACCCGCCGCUAGCCGUGCUGACGCAGGACGACCUGACGGUGGAGGAGCUGCAGGCCACCAUCAACGAGACCAGUUAUAAUGGUUUCCCCGUGAUCGUGUCCAAGGAGUCCCAGAGGCUGGUGGGCUUAGCGCUGCGCAGGGACAUCACCAUCGCUAUAGAAAACGCCCGUCGAAAGCAGGAGGGCAUCAUGUUGAACUCUCGAGUCUACUUCACCCAGCAUGCGCCCACCCUGCCGGCCGACAGCCCCCGGCCCCUCAAGCUGCGCUCCAUCCUGGACAUGAGCCCCUUCACCGUCACGGACCACACCCCCAUGGAGAUCGUGGUGGACAUCUUCAGGAAGCUCGGUCUGCGUCAGUGUCUGGUCACUCACAACGGGAUUGUGUUGGGCAUCAUCACAAAGAAGAAUAUUUUAGAGCAUCUGGAGGAGCUCAAGCAGCAAGAGGAGCCCCUGGCGGCUUCUUGGUAUUAUCACAAAAAAAGACAUCCUCCGUCACAUGGCUCAAAUGGCAAACAAAGACCCCGAGUCCAUCAUGUUCAACUGAUCCGCUCCUUCCAGGAUGGCCGGGGGGGAGGAGGAGGAGGAGGAGGAGGAGGGGGAGGUCACGAUGAAGAGGAGGACGAGGUGGUGUGCCUCCUGGACGGCUCCGACCUCUGACACUCGGACCUUUUUUUUUUUUUCUUUUAGUUUGAAGCUUUGUAGACCCUGAACCUUGCCGACUGAGAGACUUACCUCCCGUGAGACGGAAAGACUUGAUAAAAAAAACAAAACAACACUUUAUUAUCAUUCUGGCUGCUGAGGACACCCGGGGGGGUCACACACAUGAGGAAUGCACUUUUUACCUAAACACACACACUCGAGAAAAUCACACAAAAUACACUUUUGCACUCACUGAAUCCUCGAACAUGCAUGCUCUCUCUCAACACACACACACAAUCUGUACAGACACACACACAUUUUUGCACUCUUCAUGUGCCUCGCCCUAUGUCUGCUCUCUCCGCUGAGGUCAUGGUAGACAUCACCUGGCUGGGGGUGGGGGGGGGGGAGGGUCAAAGGUCAGAAUGAACCGCUGAUGAAGGACGCGAUGAGGGACCUUAAACUUCCAGGCUUUCGCUUACAAGAAAAACUUUCCUUAAACCCACAAAAAACAAAACCCAGCACACAGACACACACCUGACCUGUCCGUCCUGCAGAGAAAUACAUUGUUUACCUGUGAAUUCAGUGUGUGUGUGUGUGUGUGUGUGUGUCCCUCGCGUUACUACAUUCCAGCCAGGUUACCAUGGCAACUGAGAGGAAGUGCAACUGCUACUCUACAAAAAAAAAGGCUGCAGCAUCUCAUGACCGCAUGGCACACGUUAGUCUAAAUGAAAUGGCUGUAACGUGUGUGUGUGUGUGUGUGUAAGAGGGAAGUAGACACAUACAUGGGUACUUUAUUUCAAAAACAAACAUUUUCUGAACCCUUUCAGAUGGAAAAUGUGGGGAAAUGUACGACCUGAGUGAGAGUGCGUUUUCAUUUCUGAGCCAGCUUGAGCUGUGUGAGCGUGUGAGCGUGUGUGUGUGUGUGUGUGUGUGUGUGUGUGUGUGUGUGUGUGUGUGUGUGUGUGUGUGUGUGUGUGUGUGUGUGUGUGUGUGUGUGUGUGUGUGUGUGUGUGUGUGUGUGUGUGUGUGUGUGUGUGUGUGUGUGUGUGUGUGUGUGUGUGUGUGUGUGUGUGUGUGUGUGUGUGUGUGUGUGUGUGAGCGUGUGUGUGUGCGUCACUGCCGUCAGUUCAUUCAUAGAGAAAGAAGGUAGUGUGUACUUGAAACAAGAAGAAAUAAGGAAAAACUGUUAUCUUUUUGUUUGUCGUUACUUUAAAAUAAAUGUAUUACAUUUCAUUUUUUUCUUUCAAAAUAACUGGAAAUCUUCAAAGUUCAAAAUGAUCUGAUGGUGUUUUUUCUUUAUGUUCUGAAAUCUUUUGGAAUAAUAAUGUUAUAUAUAUAAUAUAAUAUGAUCUCUGCUGUAAACCCUUCUUUCACAAACUGUUUAACACUCCAUCAAUCUUUGAAGCAGGAAAAUGAUAUAAACAAAAGAAAAGAUCACAGCAUUUCAAAACGAACACACCUUGAAUUAAAAAAUGAAAUUAAAGCCAAUUAUUACUUCAAACAUUAAAAAAAUGUUUGAUUGUAUUAAGUCAUGGACAAAUAAUCACAAUGAACAUCUCUCGUUUAGUAACACAAACAUAUUAAAAAACAAUCUCCACUAAAGGUUUAGUAGAGAACAAUCAGUUCUGAAUACACUGAUAACGAUGGAGAGUUACAACCUUUUGAAAUAACACGUAACACGUUCUUUUCCUUGCUGCGUUGUUUCCCAAACGUGGAACCUAUCGCGGGAUAAUAAUGUGGAAUAGCAAUUAGCUUCUCGGCUAGUUAGCUAGUUAUAAAACAUGGACGUAGGCUCAGUGACAUCACCAGUUGUUCUCUGAGGUGGACUUUGAAGCCCAUUGAUGGCGGUUGCCAUAUUGGAUAUGAUGUCUCAAACAUAGUAACAGAGCUGGAGCUGAGCCGUAAGCCUCCUGACAAACAGCGCGCCAGCCCCUCAGGAAGAUCAGCCACGCCCCUCAGGAAGAUCAGCCACGCCCCCUUUUCUGUGAAUAAUUAUUUGUUUCAUCAUCAAAACAGAUCAAUUGUUAAAAGAAUUCACUCCCUGUGAAGUGUGCCGAUAGAGAAAUGAGCCUGCUGUAUUUCUGCUGUAAAACAUGGGCAUUUUUUGAAUGGGUGUGUAUGUGACUUCCAGAGCUUCUGCAGCCAGCCUCAAGUGGUGACAGGAGGAACUGCAAGCUUUUUCACUUCAGCAUUGGCUUCAUUUUUCGACACCGCAGGUUGCCCGCGUGGUAUGGAAUAUUGAAGUUAGCCGACACUAACUUGUUGUGAAUAAAGUGGAAAAACAGUCUCGGUUGUUCAAAGUGACUUGAUUUCUAAAUUCAGAACUUUUUUUACACACAGAGAAAUCUGUGAUCUUAAACCCGUCUCACGUGAGAUAAGUCGCUAAACUGUGGGUCAUAAAAGACACCUCGCUAAAACUAAAACAUGAGAUCACAGAGAAGUCAGGUUCUCGUGCUAAGAUAUCUCGUAAAUGUUUAUUGAGCAGUUGUGUCCUGUUAAUCACGUCAUAACACUUCUGCUAAGUACCUGGAAUAAUUCUUACUAGUAAUUAUUAUUAUUGAGGUUUUUUUAAUCCAGAAAUACAAAAAAAGGAACACUUGAAACUCCCGCUCUCUGCCCCCAUAACAUCAACGUUUUGGUCCUUUAAGAGCAAGAGGAAGGGAAAACAAAUGACUGAUAGACCGUAGACAAACAAUAGCACCUUACCUGUUGAGUGGCGGCAGUGUGUGUGUGAGUGUGUGUGAGUGUGUGUGAGUGUGUGUGUGUGUUCGGUGUGUGUGUGUGUGUGAGUGAGGUCGGGUUCAUCCUGUGUACUUGUGUCGUUGCAGUGACUGCUCCUGCAGGGCGUCGUCUGUGUUAACAGUGAUGUUGCCUAACAUUUUGUUUCAUACUGAUCUUGAUGUUUUUGUUUUUUAUUUAUGGCUAGUGUCGAUAGAGUUGUGCAUUAUUAUGAAGAACUUUUACGUAUGAUUACAUGAUUGUUUGAUUGUACAUUUAAAAAAACAAAAUAUGUAAAGAUUAAAUUUUGUUUUAAUUAAAAAGAGAAAAAGAUUCGAGUUGCA